AUGAUGAUGAACUAUCUAAGGGUAAAGGGCUGUAAAGAAGUAUCAAGAGUCUUUAUUGCUUCAAACUUGUUUCAAUGUAAACCAACUGUUGAUACUCAUUUAAAUAUUAGAAAAUAUUCAAAGAUAACAUCAGUAGAUGAUGGUAAUUGGAUUAGUAUACCACGUAUUACAGUGUGUGGAGUUGGAGGUGGAGGAUGUAACUCUGUCAACAAUAUGAUCAAGAAACAAUUAUAUGGUGUCGAUUUUGUGAUUACAAACACUGACGCACAAGCAUUGGCAACAUCUGACGCUGAAAAGGCUGUCCAAUUGGGCAAGCUCUUGACCAGAGGUUUGGGUGCAGGUGCCAACCCAGAUAUUGGUAAACGUGCCUGUGAAGAAUCACUCGAUGAAUUGUUGGACCAAAUUGGUGACACACAGAUGUUGUUUGUCACUGCUGGUAUGGGUGGAGGCACUGGCACUGGAGCAGCUGCUGUUCUCGCUGCCGCUGCCAAGGCCAAGGGCAUCUUGACUGUCGGCAUUGUUACCAAACCCUUCCAAUUUGAAGGACGUCAUCGUAUGCGUAUGGCCGAGCAGGGAUUGGCCGAGCUUGAAAAGUCGGUCGACUCGCUCUUGGUGAUCCCCAAUCAAAAGUUGAUGGAGGUGUUCCCAGAGAUCAACAUCCACAAUGCCUUUUCAAUGGUCGAUGACGUGCUCUACAACGGUGUCAGAGGUAUCUCUGAUAUUUUGGUCAAGCCCGGUCUCAUCAAUCUCGAUUUUGCCGAUGUCAAGACGAUCAUGUGCGACAGCGGCAAGACACUGAUGGGUGUUGGUGAGGCCGAGGGCAAAGGUAGAGACCUCCUUGCUGCCGAGCAGGCACUCAACAACCCCCUCUUGGAGAACAUCAACAUCUCGGGUGCCAAGGGCGUGCUCAUCAACGUCUCUGGCAGCGACGCCACUCUCCAAGAGGUUGACCAAAUCGUCAACAUCGUUUCUAGCAAGGUCGACCCUGCUGCAAACAUAAUCUUUGGUUCUACUUUGGACAGUGAAGCAAAUGGUCGUAUUAGAGUUACUUUGAUUGUUACUGGUAUCAAUCAACCAAAUAUUGUCCCACAACCACCUGUCACUGAUCAACAAGUUGUUUUUGGUCAACAACAGAGACCAGUAGGUCAACAACCAUUACAACAAAAAUAUGAACAUACUAAACAACAACAACAACAACAACAACAACAAAUUCCACAACAACAAUUUGUUAAUCCAGUAGUUCAACAACAACAUUAUCAACAACAACAACAAAUCUAUCAACAACAACAACCACAACAAUUCCAACAACAACCACCAUAUCCAAUUAAUCCACAACAACAACAACAACAACAACAACAACCACAAUACUUGCAACCAGAAAUGACAGAAAUGGAACAACCAAAGAAGAAAAAGGGAUUAUUUGAUUGGUACAAUUAA